AUGCCCACGACGGAGCCACUGACGCCGUUGCCGGGGAACACCGUGCCGUCAUCAAGCGUAGGGUUGGUGGGCGUAACCGCCGUCAGCUCCGACAGCACGUGUGCAACGUACGACGAGUGGGUCCCGUCGUCGCUGAUUUCGCCACCUGUGCAUGAAUGGACAUCGCCCAUGACGACGACCCUCGUUGUCAGGAACAUGAAAAUGACGACGACCCUCGCCCAUGAUGUUGCCCGUCGCUCCAUCACAACUGUUCUCUCUCUCUCGCUUUGUCUCGCUGCAUGUAUGUUGUUUUGA